UCAUCCCUCACUCCAUUUUUUUGGGUAGAGUCUUCAGUCUUGUGCUGCAAUAAUGAAAUUCAACAGUACCAAUAGAGGAAAAAAAAAUUGAAAAUGAACUUCAACCUGUCACCAUCUCAAGAAUCCUCGAUAUUUUCAAACACACUCCAUAACUAGAAAAUUUUUCCCUCUCCACUAUCUCACUCUUAUUAAUGUCAAUAUUGGGUUUUAACUUUUAAGGUUUCGUUCUGGUUGAGGGCACAACAACUACACUGCCUUUUCAUUCUUCAGGUUGUUUUGUCGAGAAAAUUUUGAUCUUUUUCAAUGGGCACGGAUGAAAGUGACAGCAUGGUUCUAGGUUCAGAGCAGGAGAAGGAGGUUAGGGAAGUUCUUGGGGGUUUGAGGAGUGAGGAGGGUAGUUGUGGGGUUACUGUGAAUGGGGAUGGGUUUUCUAGCAUUGAAAGCGAAGGGUUGUGUUGUGAUGGGGUCGUUGACUUUGUCGUCGAGAAUAGUAGUGUCUUGGAGACCAAGGUUUCAGUUCUGAGUGAAAACGAUUGUCAAGUUUUGGCUGAUUCUGAGGUGAAUGGGGUGCCGUCUUGGUUAGGAAUGCAAGAAAGUGAUAUGGAUGCGGUGUUUUCCGGUGAUGGUGCUGAGAAGUUGGACUUUGGUUAUGGUUCUGAGAAGCUGGACUAUAUGUUUGCUUCUGAGAGUACAGUUCCUGAGGCUGCUGUUUUGAGUGUGAACCGUUCGGUAGAGGUUGGUGGAGAAGAUGGAAGAGGAGGGAAGAGUGAAGAGACAGGAACAUUUGAAGAUUGUGAUGGGGGCAUUGUCGCUGUUGGUUCUGAGAGUAGAGUGGCAGAGGCUUCUGUUUCGAGUGUUGAAGGUUUGGUAGGGGUUAGCACAGAAGACAGAAGAGGAGGGAUGAAGGAAGAGGAAGGAAUAGAUGAAAAUUGUGAUGAGGAUGCCGUCGCUACUGCUUCGGAGAGUAGAGCAGCUGAAGCUGCUGUCUUGAGUGUGGAUAAUUUGGUACGAGUUGUUGGGGAAGAUGGAUCAGUUGAGGGGAUAAAUGAAGAGGAUGGAAAAGAUGUAGAUUGUGAUGGGAACAUUGUGGCUGUUGCUUCUGAGAGUAGAGAAGCAGAAGCUUCUAUUUUGAGUGUGGAUAGUUUGAUAGGGAUUGGUGGGGAAGUCAUAAGAGAUGGGGGCGAAAGUGAAGAGGUAGAAAAAGAUGAAGAUUGUAAUGGGAACAUUCUGACUCUUGAAUCCGAGAGUAGAGUUGCAGAAGCUGCUGAUUUGAUUGUGGACAGUUCAGUAGGUCUUGGUGGGGAAGAUAAAACAGAGAGGGGUGAAAGUGAAGAGGAAGAAAAAGAUGAAGAUUGUGGUGGGAACAUUGUGACUAUAGAGGUUCCAGUUGCAGAGACAAGUGAGAACAUGGAUGUAGAUGUGGAGGACUUGAGUGUUGAAGGUUAUGGUUUUGUUGUUGGUGAUUUUGUUUGGGGUCAAGUUGAGAGUCAUCCUUCGUGGCCUGGCCGGAUUUAUGAUCCAUCUGAUGAAUCUUACUUUGCAUUGAGGCUGAAACAAAAGAACAGACUUCUGGUUGCCUACUUUGGGAAUGGAACCUUUGCAUGGUGUCAACCGUCACAAUUAAAGCCUUUUGGGGAUAACUUUGAUGAUAUGGUUAAACAGAAUAGCUCCAUCGAUUUUGCCAGUGCUGUGCAAGAAGCUGUAAAUGAGUUUGGAAGGCUUCUGCAUUUGAAGUUGAGUCAUCCAUUUGUUGCUAAGAAAACUGGUCCUGAGUCCAGUCUCCCUUUGGCGAAAAACUCUGGCAUCAAGGAAGGAGUUCUUGUACCUGAAAAUGCCAUAGAGAGACUUGAUUUUCUAAUUGAACCAGCAGAAUUACUUUCUUAUGUGAAACAAAUUUCGCAAAUUAUUGAGUUUGGAAGUAUUCUGGAGCUUGAGAUAUUAAAGGCUCAGCUUUCUGCAUAUUAUCUGUCAAAAGGGGGUUAUAAAUUAGCUGAUUAUAUGGAUCCCCAGCCGAUUCCUGGAGUUGAAGAUAGUGUCAUGGAUGAAACAGUUGCUGGAGAUGAUGGUAAAAGUACUGUGGAAGCACCAACCCAAGGGCCAUUUGAUGAACUGGGUCAUUCUCCAGGGCUUUCAGGGAGCAUAUCGAACCCUGUUAGAAAGCAGAAAAGCAUUGCCGAAAUUAUGGGGGAGGACAAAGAUGUUCAUACAGCAAAUAGGGAGCUGGAUGCAACUGUUGAAAUGGUGAAUGCAAUUGGGUCAAAUGUUGGAAAGAAGAGAAAAGGUAGUGAGGAUGGAAUGGCAUCUAAACCUGUUCAAAAGAAAAUGGAGUUGCUUCUAGAUGCUGAUGGAGAUGUGUCAUGUGCUAAAAAUGAUGGCAAUGGUGAUGAGGAAAACAGCGACGUUGGCUCAUUGCUGCAGUCAAAAGAGAAGAAAGAAGCUUUUGAUGAAGGGAAGAGCGAAGAACGAAAUGAGAAGGGUAAUUUGUCAAGAGAAAGGAAGAGAAGCAAGUACUUGUCCCCUCCUUUCACUAUUCCAACCAGGGGGCAAAGGGAGGUAUACUUAGAACCGGAAUCUCUUAAAGUAUCCAGAAAAGCUAAAGUAUCACAGCGAAGGGCAGGGGAUGCUGGCCUGAGUUCUCUUCCAGUUUACAAGGGGAGGUUUUUUGAUGGCUCAAGUUAUCAAACACGAGAAGAUGAUGGGAAAAAUAUUGUGGAUCCAAACAAAAUCCAGGCUCCUGUGGCGGAAGUUCUGUCUCAAGUCCUCAAUGCAGCUAUUAGUCCACUAAUUCGUAGGGAAGGCACUUCUCUUGACCAAUUUGUUGACUUUACUUAUGCCUUCAGAAGUUCCUUAUAUUGCCAAGGAUCGUUGCACGAAGUAUACGAGAAAAAUCAACCUGGAAGGAAGAGAAAGAAGCCGGAAUCUGAAGAAGAUGAAAUGUUGAAAGGUUUAAAUCUGUCUGCUGAUGAACAUAUAUCAUCACUGAAGCAAAAUUCUGGGCAAAAGAAGAGAAGAAAGGAAACUGCUUCAGGCAAGAAGGGGACUGAUAAAAAUGCUGCAGGUGCUGUUCUUUUUGUUUCAUUUUGGCCAGGAUCCUCUAUGCCUUCAAGAUCUGAUCUUGUCUCCGUGUAUAGCAAGUUUGGAGCUCUGAAUGAAGCAGAAACCGACAUGUUCUGCACUAACUACACAGCUAGAGUGUCCUUCCUUAGAACUUCUGAUGCUGAGAAGGCAUAUAACCAUUCCCAAAACAAUAACCCUUUUGGAUCUCCUACUGAUGUCACUUUUCAGCUUCAGUAUUCCUCUGAUGGAUCCAAGUCUGGACAACAGGGUGAAAGAUCAAAGAACAAGUCUUUGCCAGCAGCUACAGCACCUGUUGCAUUCUCACAGGGUACUGAAGCAUCCAAAUUGAUCUUCAUACAGCAGAAGCUUCAAGGUAUGACUUUGAUGCUAGAAGCAUCGGGUGGCAAAUCUCCUGAUAUGAUGGCAAAGGUAGAGAGCGAGAUGAAGGCUCUUUUGGAGGAUGUUAACAAAAUGGUUGAAGCUUCUUUGUUUUAGAUAAGACAUGGGAGACUAGUCAUUAUGCAGCAAUGAUUAGGGUAGAAUUUAGUGAUAAUAUGCCCCUUUUGUGGUUCUGUCGUUAUCUGGGGCUCUUUUUGUUUGACCUCUUGGCCUAGCUUUAUAAAGGUAGUUGUUAUAUUUUGAAUGGGGGUCAUGAUAUUAGGUACUUGUCCAGAUAUUUUAUCCGUUGAAUGCAUAGUUUUAUAGAUAUAAACAUCUUUAGACUAUUCUGUCUCUCAUGGUAGUAACUAGUAAUAUGCAAACAGCUUUUAAUGAUAAAAGAUAUAUUAUUCUGUUCCA